CGAAUUGUGGAUGACUGUGGUGGAGCCUUCACUAUGGGUGUCAUUGGAGGUGGAGUCUUCCAGGCUAUCAAGGGCUUCCACAAUGCCCCUGUUGGAAUUCAACAUCGGUUAAGGAGUAGUAUCAACACUGUGAGGAUCCAUGCACCCCAGAUUGGAGGUAGCUUUGCAGUGUGGGGGUUCCUGUUCUCAACCGUGGACUGUGGCCUGGUGCAGCUGCGAGGCAGGGAGGAUCCCUGGAACUCCAUCACUAGUGGUGCAGUGACUGGGGCUGUGCUGGCUGCCCGCAGUGGACCAUUGGCAAUGGUGGGCUCAGUGAUGAUGGGGGGCAUUCUAUUAGCCCUCGUUGAGGGUGUUAGCAUCCUCCUCACUCGAUUUACCUCCCGACAAUUCCGCAAUGUACCCCCAUUGCUAGAGGACCCCAGCCAGCUCUCCCCUAAGGAGGAUACCCCAGACACAGACUUUCCCAGCUGUCAGCAAUAUCAUUGAGGAAGCCGCCACCUGACACCACCACUAUGGGAGCUGCUCCUCGGUUCUCUCACCUCUAAGGGAGGGCUGACUUUCAGUUAGCCCUGGACUCUCCAGAGAGGGCCUUUAUUCUGCUCCCUUGUCCCAGGUUGGGGGUGGGGCAUCCCAGUGGCCUUGACAGACGGAUUCCCUUUUUCUCUCUCAGGGCACCCUAG